UAAUAAAAAGAACUGAAAAAAAUAUAUAUUUUUUAAAAUGCUUGAAACGUGGCACCACAAUAUUAUGCCACGUGGGUAGUUUGCAACCUGAGUGUAGCCCAGCUAGCACCCAAGUUUUGGUCUGCUCCAAGCACCUUUUUGCCUUCUAUACAUCUUCUUUCCACGCGCUGUUCGCUUCGCGUGGGCCCUUCUAAAAGUCUCUCAGCUCCACGUUCCAAAGCUACACCGAUAAUGGAUCCUCCCAGCAGUAUUUAGUCAUCACUAACUCCAUUUUUUUUCCUUCAACCUUGGCUUGCCUUCUUCUCCUCCUCCUCCUCUACAACCUCCCACUCCCCUUCCACUUCCACUUCCAACCAUGGCCGAUAUCAACCCCCGCCGCAAAUCCAAAACCAAGCCUUCAGCCACCACCACCACCACAACCACAACCACCACCAGUGACGACGGCCGACACGACGGCUUCCCUGACGAAUGCGACGCCCAGGUGUGGGCCUCCUUCGACCAGACCUUCCGCCAGGUUCAGUCAGUGCUGGACCGUAACAGAGUGCUGAUUCAACAGGUGAACGAGAACCACCAGUCUCGAAUUCCCAGCAACAUGGUGGACAACGUGGCUCUCAUCCAAGAACUCAAUGGGAACAUCUCUAAAGUUGUCUCCAUGUACUCCGAUUUCUCCUCUGACUUCUCCUCUGGGUUCAAUAACAACAAAUCCAGAAAUGGCAAAAGAGGAAGCAGCAACCCAGAUGCUUGACGAAGAAUUCAAGCCACAGAAACAAAGAACAAAGAAAAUAAAAAAAAAAAAAAAAAAAAAA